GAGAAACAAAAGUGGUGCCAUGAUUCACUCUGAUAUUUCCAAAGUCGAUCUUCUUCUUCCCACACGCUAUUCUCUUCCUUGACUGAGUGACUUCUCUCUGUCUCUGUCUCUUCUCCGCACAAUAAUAACUUCUCCAUCUUCCCACGCACCAACCCUCUCAAACCCUAGACACUGAAUCGGGAGACCCACCAGCAACCUCUCAAUUCACGCUGUUGGAGCUGGUUCGAGCCUGAUAUGGCGGCAAGGGCGUGGUUGUGGAGCCUCUGUGCGUCGUUGCUGGCCCUCGCGUUGGCUCCGCCGGCCUCUGCGAACUCCGAGGGAGACGCCCUCUACACGCUGCGCCGGAGCUUGUCGGACCCCGACAACAUCCUCCAGAGCUGGGAUCCCACUCUCGUCAACCCCUGCACCUGGUUCCACAUCACCUGCGACCAAAACAAUCGCGUCACUCGAGUGGAUUUGGGCAACUCGAAUCUGUCGGGACAUUUGGUACCUGAACUCGGAAAGCUCGAGCGUCUGCAGUAUCUUGAGCUUUACAAGAACAACAUCGAAGGGACCAUUCCAUCCGAGCUCAGUAAGUUGAAGAGUCUCAUCAGCUUGGAUUUGUAUAGCAACAAUAUAACUGGGACCAUUCCUCGUUCGUUGGGGAAGCUGAAGUCUCUCGUGUUUUUACGGCUAAACGACAACAAAUUAACAGGACCAAUUCCGAGGGAGCUUGCCGGUAUUUCAAGUCUCAAAGUUGUGGAUGUCUCCAACAACAAUCUCUGUGGAACCAUUCCUACCACUGGACCCUUUCAGCACAUUCCGUUAAACAACUUUGAGAACAAUCCGCGAUUGGAGGGUCCUGAGUUGCUGGGAUUAGCAAGCUACGACACAAACUGUUCUUGAGAAGACCCAUAUGACAUCAUGCUGCAAGAAGUUCUACUUUGGGAGGGUGUUAGCCCUGUAUCUCAAAUAAUCGGUAUUGUAUUAGCUCACAGCAGAAGGGAAGAGCAGUCAAUGUUUUCCUGCAUAUAUUAAGUAUCUGUAAAAUGUAUAUCCAAUUAGUUUUGAUGCAAAAAAUGGUUUUAGCAUUUCGAGCCUCCAACACUACUAUUGUAACCUUAUCGGAUGAUUCCAAAAGUUUGUACCAAUGUAGCAGUGAACUAGUAGUGAACGUUUUGAUGUUUUAGCUUA